CGGGAGUUGGUUGUGUCGGAUUUCUUCGGAGGGGAACGCUAUUAAAAUUUCCACAAACAUUAUCUUUAAUUGGACAGAAUUUUGUGCUUGUGUGCGGUUCUGUUUUUUUUUAGCCAUCCGUCAGUGACGAUUCCGAUUUUUUCAAACUCGAUGACUGUUAUCGCGUAUAGUGUAUACGGUGAUUGUGUUAGAAAUGACUAUUGAAUAAACUGCGUGCGUGAUUUUGCAAAGCCAACAAAAAUGACAUCUGUGACGUGAAGAAAAAGGUUUCCAGUGACUCUGGUCGGUUUUGUUUUUGGAGUAUGUCGGCACGUGUAUUCUGAUUGAGCAAUUUUAAUCCGUGGAUAUAAUUGGUUUGUAAUUAUCCACCUAUUGUAUCUGUAGUCCGAUCACGGUUCUCCAAAUACCUGGUAAUUCUUGUAACUGUGUUCCACUCUCGAUUUCUCAAUAUCUGAAGUAUUCUUCAGCUCUGUGAAGUGCUAAUCUAUAACACUAGUGUGACUAUUUGUGUGUGAAGUGAUGCUGUGAAAGCAACGUUGAUUUCCAUUUCAACCGCUAACCCAGCGGCAAAAUAACCAGCGAGCAUCGGAAAUCCAUCAAAAUUACCCGAAUUCAAUCCCCGAACACAAAAACCAACACCCUGAGUUUCUCAGAUCCGUUCGGGCCUCCUCAGUCCACGGACGGGGGGGGCCCAUCCACACCCCAGCCGGCCAUGACCACCCAGGAACUAGACCAUCACCACCAUUUGGGGGGUACGCAGACACCCCACGAUAUAUCGAACUCGAAUAACUCUACACCAACUAAUGUAUCUUCUAAAUCCGCGUUCAUAGAGUUACAGCAACACGGGUACGGUUUCAAAGGCGGAUAUCAGCAUCCGCACCAUUUUGGUAGUCCGGGUGGUCAGCAGAACCCUCACGAGGCGUCUGGCUUCCCGAGUCCUAGGUCGUUAGGGUAUCCCUUCCCCCCAAUGCACCAAAAUACCUAUGGUUAUCAUUUAGGUUCCUAUGCACCGCAGUGCGCCAGUCCGCCUAAAGAUGAAAAAUGUGGUCUCUCCGACGACCCGGGUCUCCGAGUGAACGGGAAAGGCAAAAAGAUGAGGAAACCAAGGACGAUAUAUUCUAGCCUACAACUGCAGCAGCUAAAUAGAAGGUUCCAGAGAACUCAGUACCUCGCGCUGCCGGAGCGAGCCGAGUUGGCGGCAAGCUUGGGAUUGACGCAGACACAGGUGAAGAUCUGGUUCCAAAACCGUAGAAGCAAAUACAAGAAGAUGAUGAAAGCCGCCCAAGUGGGCGCGCCGCCCCCCAGCUUAGGCCUCCCCCCUGGAAGUCCGCCGAAUAAUAAUCAAUUGUUACAUGGUGGUGGCGGAAGCUCUAGCGGGUCCCAGCACUCCCCCUCCGCGUACCAGAGUGGGCCCACACAAGCCCACAGUCCCACGCCCAGCUCCACGCCCGUAUCAGAACUGUCCCCGGGCCUGUCCCCCACGGGGACACCCUGGGAUGUGAAGCAGCCGCCCCAACAGUCUUGGGAUGUGAAGGUUGGAUAUCCAAACGCAGGACGAUCGCCUGACGGUACCUCAUGUGAUGUUAAACCUCAUCAGCAGUCGUGGGAUCCCAGGGUUGGAUACGGCGCGCCCCCCGGGCCAUGGGACAUGAAGGGCGCACACGCGCACGCGCUGCACCACCAGGGCGCGCCACAGCCGCACCCGCCCUACGUGCCGCAGUACUCGUGGUAUCAGACGGAGGCCAACCCUGGAUUGCUAACGGUCUGGCCGGCCGUGUAACACCGUUGGGUUUACAGAAAAUAAUAAAAGGAAGUAAAUUUAUAUAAUAAUAUUAAAAAAUAAUCCCCUCUCGCGUUUGUGGAAAACACGACACAACCAACUUUAAUAUUAAGAUAUAUUUAACAAUUAAAAAAUGUAAAUUUUUAGCUAUUUUAUAGGUUAUUUUAAUGUACACGCGUUAAAGUUGCCACAGAUAAUUUCGCUGUCGCCAUCUUGGCAUUGAGUUGUGUAUGCCAUUGUAAUCUUAUGCGUAUACAAAUUUGGCAAUGUCUUAAUAUUUGUAUAGAUAUUUUAUUUUUUAUUAGGCGUGCAAUAAUGUACAUAAUAUUAUAUCAAGUCCCAGUGUUCAACUUAUGUAAAAAUGGAUAAAUGAUUUCCAAAUUUUAUUUUAUUGUACUGUAUAACAUUGCCACUUUCUAAUAAAAAAAGCAAACUGUCAACGUCAAACAGUUUUAUAAUCUGUGGCGUAUACGCUAUAGAUAAUUUAUUUUUAAAACGUUAACCUUACUAUAUGAAAAUUAAUAAUUUAAGCUUUAAAACCAUUAUCUAUUUAUUUAGUAAAACGGGAAAACAAACCUUUCUGUUGUGAUAAAUAAUUUUAAGAUUUUUUUUUUUGUUUUUUAUGUAGAAAAUACUUCGAGUAACGUGGCAUGUGCAAAAAUGGACGCAUAAAUUUGUAUUUAUAACGAAUGUACUUUCAUAUUUCUAUCUAUUUUAAUUCUUUAAUCAAUUUAACGGAUUUUGAACCGUUUAAAUUUUAAAUUUUUGACCUAUUAGUUGUGAAUUACUUAGUAUAAAUAAUUGAUAUAAUAUAAUUAUUUUGGUUGAAAGUCCGUUAAAUUGAUUUCAGAAUAUAAGGGUCUUUACGGGAUGAUUUGUACAUAUGUUUUGUAAAAUAUAGAAAAUAAUAUACAUAUAAAUAUAGAUAGAUUAAUUACUUCAUAAUUUCAAUGUAUAAUAAGGAAAGUGGAACUAAGAGGAAAGUGAAUUAAUUCUUUUGUCAAAUAAAAAUGGAAAAGAU